GCUCCUCCUCCUCCUCCUCCUGCUCCUCCUGCUGCUCGUCGUUCAGCUGCACAGAGGCCAUAUUGGUGUUGUGUUAGGAGGAAUGAGGCGCGAACAGAGCUGCUAGUUUUCCCCUCACACAGCUCCAGGGUUUGCUGGCUUUAUUCACGCCCACCGCGGCACACCUAAACGUCGUGUGUGUGUGUGUGUAUGUGUGUGUCCGUGUGUGUGUCGCACACUUCGAACAGGUGGCUUCGAGCUGUAACCGAAAGCUGGACGCGUAUUUUUUGUGGUGUUAUUUUUUGAAAAUUACAUAAUUGUCGGAGCAGCGACGCUCAUGGCACUGCAGUGAGUCGCGCUAUACUGAGAAACACUGCGCUCUGUGCUGAGAGUAAACUCCAUUGCCUUGACUCUUGCAGUCUGAGCUGAAAGGAGACCAUGGUGUAUUCUAAAGUGCACACACACACUGCUCAACAGCAUGAUGCAGACAAGACGGGCUAUACCUACUCUCUCAGCUCCAGCUACUCAUCAUCUGCCCUGGAGUACGAGAGGGAACACAAACUUGCUCCUGUGUUUGAGUCGCCCAGGAUGUCGCGACGCAGCCUCCGCCUGCACACCAACUCCGCUCACUAUGGAGACGACAGUCUGCUGGACUCCUCAGUCAACCGCAGCGGCUCCUACAGUACCGAAAGCCGAGUUCACCAAGAGAGCAAGACCGUGAAGAGCAGGAGGUCUCAACGCUCCGUAUCCGGUUCAAGUUCACUCUUUCAGACUCCGGUGAAGAGCCAGUCCUUGGCGUUGCAGGCCCACAACAGCAGCAUGCACAGCUGUGCUGCGAGCGACGCCUCACUUCUGUCCUCCCUGCUGGAUGAGUCGAGCAUCCAGGAGCACACACUCGUCAACAGCUUCUGGGGAUUGGAUAAGGAUGGAGAUCUCAAAGAUCAGACUCUCCACGCAGACCACAGCUUCUCUCUCAACAACAGCGGCACGCAUGUGGCUCAGACUCAAACCUCCACCCUACACGGCGGCUACAUCUGCAAUAACUGCGUGGCCAGCCACUCUGACAGGAGAGAUGCUCUCCAAGCCUACACCUCCUCCAAAACCUGCUCCUCCUCCUCCUGUUCUUACUCCUCAGCCGCUCUGCACGGCACCGCAGUGGAUGGAGCCACCUCAGCUGCAAGCACAUCCUUCUCCUCUCCCCACACUACAGUGUACAGCCGAGAGAGGAGCCGCCGACACAGAGCCGGUGUGCUUGGAGUGGUCUCAGAGGCCUUCCUGUAUCACAGCAGGAGAGUGUGUGCCUCUGUAGUGUGUGUAUUUACCAUACUCAUGCAGAGCGUUCUCAAGACCUGCCAACUAGGCAAAGUCCAGCUGUGCUCACUGACAGACCGGUGUGUGAGGGUGUGCAGGAGAGCAGGUGCCUCCUCAGCUGCAGCCCUCACACUGCCGGCUCAGUAUAUUGGGCUGAGGAAGACCAGCAGUGGCAGUGCUAACGGAGGUCAUGCUAGUUACUGUGGAACCAUGAAUGUAAAUGAAAAGGUGACUCAAAAGGACCCGCACACUCUUAAUGGCCCUCUGUGUGACGACUGCAAAGAGAAACAGACUUCGAGGACCGUCACAGUCUCCACAGGGUCUUCCAGAGCCCCGUGGCUAGUAGAGGCUCUGUGGGUCCUUGUAGCAUUCACAGGCAGGAGUGUGUUAAAGGCGGGCCAGAACGUUCUUUCAGCAGCCUGGUUUAUCGCGAGGAAGAUUCUUUCUAUUCUCUAUUUGGCUGCAGUGUCUCCAGGCAGUGCAGCUUCAGGGGCGUUACAGUGGCUGGGAACGGCAUGGUACCAGUUGGUCACGCUCAUGUCUCUGCUCAACGUCUUUUUCUUGACUAGGAUCGUGCCUCUACUUCAGAAACUUUUCCUGAUUAUUCUUCCAUUUGUGCUUACCCUUGCCGUCCUGUGGUACUGGGGAAUGUUCAGCUUCUGGACCCUUUGGCCUGUAGCAAACGUGACUAGAGACUCGCCCAUAAACAAAGCCUUUGAGGUUCAACCUGAUAUCACAUUAUCAGACAGAGCUACUGAGGUUCAACCUGAUAUCACUGUAUCAGAGACAAACUCUCGGCAGGAGCUGCCGGUUGUAUCUGAGGCUGAUUCUGAGCGACUGGCACGGAUAGAGCAGAGUCUCGGGAUGCUGUGGGAUAAAGUGGCGGCAUCAGGCGGCAAACAGGAGGAGCGGCACGCUGAGGUACUCGGUCUGUGCAGCUCACUAAAAGAAGAGCUGCAUACAAACACGGAUAAAAAGACCAUGGGCCAGUGGGUGGGCACAAUUGUAGAGCAAAGAUUAAGCCUGCUGAGACAAGAGAUGGAGAGAGAGACGGAGCACUCACAGAAGCAUCAGGAAGAGUUUGAAGCCGGGUACCAAACUCAGCAGUCCCGGCUAGCCAAGAUCGAAGCUCUUCUUCAGGACCUGGCACAAAGAACCGAGGAGUUACAAACAAGACAAGAGGCCGAUACACCGUCUGCUGUCAGUGGGGAAAUGGAUAGUGCUUCUCACGCGACUCUGCUGGCACAAGUACGCAAGCUGGAGGAGGCUCUGAGCAGCAUCAGGGCAGACCUGCAGGGGGUGAACGGCUGUAAAGGAAGGUGCGAACAGCUGGAUUCUCUUCAUGACACAAUAUCUGCUCAGGUCAAGAAGGAGCUUCAGGUUCUUCUGUACGGUAGCGAGCAGAAGGACGUGACGCUGCCAGGUUCUUUGAUGCAGUGGCUUUCGACCCAGUUUGUGAGCAACUCGGACCUGCUGGUCUCACUCGGUGCUCUCGAGAAGAGAAUUCUGGGUAACUUGUCACUUCAGCUAGAGGAGAUGCAACAAAAACCUAGUGAAGAGAUGAUCACGCAGCGUGUCCUGCAAGCCACUGAGCAAUCUGGCUUAUCAGAAGAGGAUGUCCAGCUGAUUGUGCAGAAUGCUCUGAAGCUCUACUCUGAGGACCGCAUUGGCCUUGUGGAUUAUGCUCUGGAGUCUGGAGGUGGCAGCAUCCUGAGCACACGUUGUUCAGAGACGUACGAGACAAAGACUGCACUGAUGAGUCUGUUCGGUUUUCCUCUUUGGUAUUUCUCCCAGUCGCCCCGUGCAGUCAUACAGCCAGAUGUACAUCCUGGCAACUGCUGGGCAUUUAAAGGUUCCACUGGCUAUCUGGUGAUUCGUCUGUGUGUGAAGAUCGUUCCCACAGCCUUUUCCCUGGAACACAUCCCCAAAGCUCUCUCACCUACCGGCAACAUCAGCAGCGCCCCACGCAACUUCACAGUCUAUGGUCUGGAGGAUGAACAGCAGGAGGAGGGGCAGCUGCUCGGGCAGUACGUCUACCAAGAGGAUGGAGACGCUCUACAGACCUACCCAGUCACGGAAAACAACACGGAAGCCUUCCAGAUUAUUGAGCUGCGGGUGCUGAGUAACUGGGGUCACCCAGAGUACACGUGUCUGUACCGCUUCCGGGUGCACGGCGAGCCGGUACAGCAGUGAUCAAACACUAAACUGGACGUGGAGUUUCACAGAGGAGAUACCGCGCCACUCUGUCUUAAUGUGGAAACAUGUAACAUGAUUGCUUGCUUUAACCAUCAGAGUUUUGCCUCUGCGCUUUGCACUCCUGUAUCUCUCAGACAAUACAGAGUUCAUCUCCAUCUGGAACUUGUGGUUUUUUGUUUCUUUUUUUAAUCUCCUCUGUGUGAUUUUUACUCCGGCAUGUGACACGGACACAGAGCAGCGAACUCGGCGUGGUCUGAACUGCACUGAAAACACUCAGUAUGUUUAAUCUAAACAAAAUGGACUACAGUGUAUUUUAAACAGCAUGUUGUAAAUAUUGUUAAUAGUUUGUCCGCUUUAAGUGUGUCUAAUAAUUUUGCAUUUUCCUAUAUAGUGUAAUGAUUUUCAAGUGCCCAGCUAAGAGAGACUGUUAUUAAUCACUAUUUAUUUUUUUAUGUAUUUGUGUUGAUCUUAGUAAGACUUUAUAUUGUGUAUUUUUGUAAAUGCUUUUCAAAUCAUUUUGUAAUUAUUGAGGGACCACAGGUUGGCUUUUGCAAUGAAGUUAUAUUUUGUUUGUGUGGGAUGUUCAAAUAAAGAGUAAUUUUUUUAAA